GCAGGCUUGGGGCGCCGAAGACGGCGAGGGGCUUGCCGUCACGUGGUCAGAAAGAGGAGGCUGGAGUUCUCGGCGAGCCCGGCCGCGCUCCUGGGGUCCGGCAGUCAGCGGAGUUUCCCCACCGGCCACCUGAGCCUGCUGAAACCCGCCCGUUCACGCUUUCCACCACAGCGUGCGCUGCCAGCGGGGGAGAGAAGGAAAUGAAUCCCGGAGCAGGAAAGGGGGAGAAGGAUUUCCUAGGGCUUUGACUGAAACCGCUAGGAUUCGUUCCUGUAACGGAGUCUUUCGGCAAAGCUCCGUCCGUCGAAGAGUUCGCUCCUCGCAUCCGCUGAUGCCGGUCUAGGGACGCGCUCCAGUGGGUUCUCACCUGCCGCGGAGGCGGAGAUCAGCUCCUUCUGCGGUGCGUUUUUAAACUCGAAUAGGCUGGUCUUCAACAUGGAAGCUUUACCUACUCUCCUCCUCCUGCUGGGUUCGGUCCAAGGUGCUUAUCACUACAGCCCCUUCUGGAAGCCCUCUUGGCCCAGGGCAAAGCUGCCAGUGGUCCUGCCCCAGCUGACAGAGGACUUGGGAGCUCCAAAGUUCAACGCAGACGCCAAGCUCGAGGUGCUGUCACCCUGUGGGCCAGAGUGUCACAAGCAGGCUCCAAUACCAAGUUAUGAGGAUCUGAAAGAGUUCCUCUCAUAUGAAACUCUCUACUUCAAUGGGAGCCUGACUGAGACCAAAGUGGGCAUCUAUGGCUUUCACCUGGCUGACCUGGCAGGGCCCCAGGGAGCCAGGGGGCGAUCAAGGGCCAAGAGGCAGAUCUAUGGUCACGACAGCCGGUUCAGCAUUUUCGGGAAGAACUUUUUGUUGAAUUACCCUUUCUCCACGUCGGUCAAGAUCUCCACCGGUUGUACGGGGACGCUGGUGGCGGAGAAACACGUGCUGACGGCUGCCCACUGCAUUCACGAUGGGAAGAGCUACGUGAAAGGUGCGCAGAAACUCAAGGUUGGCUUCCUGAAGCCCAGACAGAAAGAGACAGCCGAAUCGAACAAGACCGGCUCUGACGUGCCAGAAAAAAUGAAGUUCCAAUGGAUUCGGGUCAAACGCACUCACGUUCCCAAGGGCUGGAUCAAGGGGAACGCCAACGACAUCGGCAUGGAUUAUGACUACGCCCUCCUGGAACUCAAGAAGACCCACAAGCGCCGCUAUAUGAAGAUUGGAGUGAGCCCCUCCGCCAGGGAGCUGCCAGGCCGCAGGAUCCAUUUCUCCGGCUUUGACAACGACCGCCCAGGCAAUCUGGUGUACCGGUUCUGCGAGGUGAGAGACGAGACGUACGACCUCCUGUACCAGCACUGCGACGCCCAGCCCGGGGCCAGCGGCUCGGGGGUCUACGUGCGCAUGUGGAACAGGCAGCAUCGCCGCUGGGAGCGCAAAAUCAUCGGCAUCUUCUCGGGCCACCAGUGGGUGGACCGCAACGGCUCGCCGCAGGAGUUUAACGUGGCUGUGCGCAUCACCCCCCUGAAGUACGCCCAGAUCUGCUACUGGAUUAAGGGGAACUACGUAGAUUGUCGAGACGGGUAGAUAAGAAGAUUUGCGACGGAAAGUGAGUGCAACACAAGAGACAUACAUCACAAAAUCCCGAUGUUAGACUGAGAGAAUCUGGCUUCUUUUAGGAGAAACCGAACAGAACUUUUCCAGAACUUCUGCCUGCAGAGUGGAGUAAGCAAGCAAGACGAAGAAAGUAACUGAGGCACAGGGGUCCUCGGUUUUUGAAGUCUCGUGUAAUCGGAAGGAUGGAACAUCCCGAGUUCUGGAAAAGGGAGUUUGUUUCCCUUCGUAUUUAAAUAUUAAUCAUCUUUUCUCCACAAGACUUAAGUAAUGUCGUGGUAGAUGUUAAAUAUUUUGUAUGCCUAUAUCAAAUGUAAAAUUCUUCAAGAAAAUAUUCUAAACACUUUAUUGCACAUACAUAUCUGAGGUGAAGACAACAACAUCGAAGCACUGUUCCUAAUCUUGCCACAUGUGGUGCAGCCAUUUCUAUUCCUUAAAAACCAGGUGCAAAUUUUGACGUAAAACGGAUUUGGCGUAUUGCACUCGAAAUUCCAACUAAAACCAGAGAUGCUUUUAAAGAUUAUCUUAAACAUUUCAGAUGAGGGGUUUUGUAACGUGCAUCUGUAUUUCAAACAGCUCCCCACAUUUUGGAAAAAAGAACAGCACAACUGGAAACAGAGGCUAUAGUAUGCCAUGAACAGCAGUCUGUACUGUACCUUGCACUCUACACAAAUGGAAAGUGUGCCAGUAAAAACAGGAUUAUAUUACGAAUAUAAUGAAAGAAUUUGCAGACAUUUUCCAUCCAUCAUUUAUCAGAGAGAUGCUCAUCCUGGUGAACUCUGGGCACAAAGCAGGACUGAAAGCACACUGCUGUAUUCCUGAAUAGAACACCUGCCCAUCACAAUACUCAACAUCCAGUUUAAGAAGUGUAUUUAGACACUUGUAUUUCAUACUCUGCAAAAAACAUUGGAGAGAAAAUGAACAAACUAUGACUUGUUUAAUUUAUUUGAUUUGCAUAUUUCUGAGUCCAUUUAUAUGCAUAUACAGUGUACUUAGACACAUGCAUGAACAGAGGUGUUCACAAUGAUCUGCAAGUGCUUGUCCACAGUUCAGAGAGUUUAAUUCCAGUGUUUGUCAAUCCCCGAGAAAGUUAAAACAGUAAAAUAGUGAAAUGGAAACUAAAGGACCAAUACCGAUUAUUAAGUUUUGGGGUGUUUUCAUUCUAACACCAUAGGUCGCUUCACAAAUAUAGUAGUUUUGAAUUAUUUUCUACACAGUCCUGUUAUUCUAAAGCUAGAGCAGAGAUCAUAAUAAGCAGACUGCUACAAUAUUGCAGUUGUAUCUGAAUACAUGAAGUACUGUACCAGCACUGGGAAAUUAAUUUUUUAUCAGAGCAGUUUCGGCCAAAUGGUACAGCAGUCUUUGACAAUCUUGUCCAAAGUCUUUUUUAGGAAAAAAAAUAGAAAUACUUUCUUAGGCAACGAUCAAAAGGAUGUCGUUUGGCACUCUUUCUAUACAUUUUUUGAAACAGUGCUGAAGGAGGCUACCGUGUCCGUUAAACAAAAAGGAGAUAUUUUGCGCCUCCUUGUGGGCGUAAGUGAAAUAUUCAACACAUGGUUUUCAAACGCAAAAAUCCUGCAAAAUAGUUCCAUAAUGAAAAAUUACCCACAUUUCUACCUAAAGUAAAAAAAUACAUAAAAUUAAUUUUAACUGUAUAUAAUAAGAUCAGAGAUGGGAUUUACAUUAAAGCAUUCCCCAUAGCUGAUAUAUUUCUUACUUUCUGAACAGAAUCCAAAAGCAGUAGUUGACCCCAUUAUCCUUGCACACUUUAAAGACAGAAGAGGGUUUUAAAUUUGCCCUGAAGCCUAAAUAAAUUAAUGUAUGAAUUGGGUAUCAAACUGAUACUGCUUACGAAUUGCUGGCCAAUAGCCUGAUGUGAAGUUUUAAACACAACUUGCAAAAUGUUCAAAUUUGACUUAAAUCUACAGCUGUUUAUAUUGAAGAUCUGCCAUUUACGUUUUCUUUGCACUAUUGUCCUAACUUGCUGCUGAUUCAAUUAUCAGUUGUGCACUACUCUUUUGGCAGCUGAAUGUUAGAUUAGUAGUCAGUGAAAGUGAAUGAAGUCUUCUUAAAAAAUUAAUAAUUUUACUGACCAAGUUAAAUGGAAAAUAGAAAUGUUCCUCUGCCAUUUAAAAAAUCAGUCACUAUCCUGGAAUAAUCACUAAAAGUACACUGUCGUUAGCUGUGCCUUAUUUGCAUUUGUGCAUCUGGUAGUCUUGGAACAUUAUGAAGUGCAGGUUGUGCACAGUGGAAUAUUUCUACGGAAUGUAGCUUGCCAAAAGAGCAGAAUUAAAUGUGGCAUUCUGAAAACUUUGUCCUAAUUUGGACAAGAUAAACGUGCACUGCUUAAAAAGUUUUAAUUUUAGCAACCAUCUUAGCAGUAGGCAUGAAUACAAUCUAUUCUGAAAAGGAAAGAGCAUUCCUGACAGUCACUUUAAAACCAUGACCCACUUCAAGGGAGUAAAUGGCCAAUUCAACUAAGACUGGAGGGGAAAUAAUUUCCAUGAUUGAAAGUGUGGCCAGAAGUAUUUUACUCUUAGCCUUAAUUUAUAAAACCCCUACAACUGCCCUUUCAUAUUAGUCUGACACUUUGAUGAAAGUCGGAGCCAUUUAAAAUGUACAAGAUCUCAUUGAAAGAUUAUACAGUUUUAAUUUAAUGUGCAUAAAAUGCACAGCCACAGGUCUGUGUGAACCACUUCUUCCCAAGAGAGAAGAGUUGAGCCUGCCUGGAAUGUAAAUGUUUUCGCGGUUGACCAUGGAACUACUGUCUCUGCAUAUUUCUCAUUGUCAGUGCGUUGUGAUCUUUGACACUGAAGAAUGCAACAAAAUAAUUAAAUAUCUAGCUGAAGUAUCUGGAGGAUGUCUUGUUUUCUAUAAAGGUCUACAAAUCUAUCACUGUUUAAGGAGAUGAUAGAGGAAUGUCUGUCAGAAAGGGGAAGAGAUUUAAUAUACUACAGCAGCAUUAGCUGUCGGACCCCCUGGUAUUCAAAAUAUUCAGGUAAUAAAUGGUGCAGUGCAAAAAAACAACAUGGAUUUAAAUGUUUAAAUAUUCACUUUCUAAUUCUGUCAUGCUUAACCUAAACAGGCCUAAACAAGAAAGAUUGUUUUUUGUUGCUGAAAGUCAACUACCUUUUAUGUUCAUUUUUGUAAACAGAGCUUGGAAUAAAAUGCUGUUCUUGCUAUAUUCUACCUACCUGUAUCAAAAAUGGAUUUUUUAUUUGAUCAUUUAGUCACACAUUUGCAGCUUGGUGUUGCUAUGAAUUGACUUGCUUUGCUGAUAUAUCAAAAAAUAAAUGCAAUAUUCACAAGAAG